GAGGAUUGGCUGAGGGUUCGCGAGCGCGGGCGGUGGCGCAGGGAUUUCCCUCAGGAUCCGCGCUAAGGCCGUCUUUGCCGGCCGGGUCGCAUGCUCAACGGUGCUAUGGCUGCGAUCACGGCGGUGAACUCCAAGGCAGAGGUGGCGCGGGCCCGGUCGGCCUUGGCCGUCAACAUAUGCGCCGCCCGAGGGCUGCAAGAUGUGCUACGUACCAACUUGGGGCCCAAGGGCACCAUGAAAAUGCUUAUUUCUGGUGCAGGUGACAUCAAACUCACCAAAGAUGGCAACGUACUGCUCCAUGAGAUGCAAAUUCAACACCCAACAGCUUCCUUGAUAGCAAAAGUAGCAACAGCCCAGGAUGACAUUACAGGAGAUGGUACUACUUCCAACGUUCUAAUUAUUGGAGAGUUACUAAAACAAGCUGAUCUUUACAUAUCUGAGGGCCUGCACCCUAGAAUAAUAGCUGAAGGAUUUGAAGCUGCGAAGAUAAAAGCACUUGAAGUUCUGGAAAAGGUUAAAAUUAACAAAGAGAUGAAAAGAGAAGUCCUCUUAGAUGUGGCUAGAACAUCUCUACAAACUAAAGUUCCUGCUGAAUUGGCUGAUGUGUUAACAGAGGCUGUGGUGGAUUCUGUUUUGGCUAUUAGAAGACCGGGUUAUCCUAUUGAUCUCUUCAUGAUAGAAAUCAUGGAGAUGAAGCAUAAAUCAGAAACAGAUACAAAGUUGAUCAGAGGAUUAGUUCUGGAUCAUGGUGCCCGUCAUCCAGAUAUGAAGAAACGAGUAGAAGAUGCGUUUAUCCUUUCUUGCAAUGUAUCACUAGAAUAUGAAAAAACAGAGGUGAGCUCUGGUUUCUUUUAUAAGUCUGCUGAAGAGAAAGAGAAACUGGUAAAAGCUGAAAGAAAAUUUAUUGAAGAUCGAGUACAAAAAAUAAUAGACCUGAAAGACAAAGUCUGUGCUCAGUCCAGUAAAGGAUUUGUUGUCAUUAAUCAAAAGGGAAUUGAUCCAUUUUCCUUAGAUGCUCUUGCAAAACAUGGCAUAGUAGCUCUUCGCAGGGCAAAAAGAAGAAAUAUGGAAAGCUACGACGACCUCUGUAAUUUCAGACUCUCUCUUGCUUGUGGUGGAAUGACUGUGAAUUCUCUUGAAGACCUCAGUAUACAUUGUUUGGGGCAUGCUGGUCUUGUACAUGAGUGUACAUUAGGUGAAGAAAAGUUCACUUUUAUCGAGGCCUGUGUUAACCCUCGUUCUGUCACCUUGUUGGUUAAAGGACCAAAUAAGCAUACUCUCACACAAAUCAAGGAUGCUCUAAGGGAUGGACUUCGUGCCAUCAAAAAUGCCAUUGAAGAUGGUUGUGUGGUUCCAGGAGCAGGUGCAGUUGAAGUGGCAAUAGCUGAAGCUCUUGUUAAUUACAAGCAUAGUGUAAAAGGAAGAGCUCGUCUUGGAGUACAAGCUUUUGCUAAUGCCUUACUCAUUAUUCCUAAGGUUCUUGCUCAGAAUUCUGGUUAUGACCUGCAGGAAACUCUAGUAAAAGUUCAGGCUGAACAUUCAGAAUCAAAACAACCUGUUGGCAUAGACUUGAAUACAGGUGAGCCAAUGUUAGCAGCUGAUGCAGGAGUUUGGGAUAACUACUGUGUGAAAAAACAACUUAUUCACUCUUGCACAGUGAUUGCCACCAACAUUCUCCUGGUUGAUGAAAUUAUGCAAGCUGGUAUGUCUUCUCUUAAAGGGUGAUGGAGUUCAAAACCAACUCUUCUGGAAGCUGAGAUUUAGUAUACCUUAUAUCCAACUACCGUUAUAUACUGAGCCAUUCUCAAGUUUUGCACAAUAAAUCCAGUUUAUAUUU